GUCAAUGGUCCGCGAACUGCGUGUCCAUACUCUGUGUCUGUUCAUAUACUGAGACAAUCACAAUAAAGAUAACGUGUGAAUAUAAAAGAAGUUGCUUCAACGGCCGGCUGUAGUUGGGAGCCGAUAGUGCGCGUAGUUGCCUUGACCAUGGCAUUAAAAUAUUUGUUUCUGAUAGCCUUGACUUGUGUUAGUGUGCAAUGCAAAUCUUCAUAUAAAAUAUGCGUCCCGUCACAGUACCUGAAAGCAUGUCAAGAGAUGUUAGAUGUGCCGACGAAGUCGAAAAUACAGCUUGAAUGUAUACCAGCAAGAGACAGAGUUGACUGCUUGAACUAUGUCCAACAACGGCAAGCCGAUAUCGUACCAGUUGACCCUGAGGACAUGUAUGUGGCCUCUAAAAUACCCAACCAAGAUUUCGUAGUGAUACAAGAAUACAGGACAAAGGAUGAACCUGAUGCACCGUUCAGAUACGAAGCUGUCAUCGUGGUUCACAAUGACCUGCCUAUCAACAAUCUAGAUCAGCUGAAAGGCCUCAAAUCCUGCCACACUGGAGUCAACAGAAAUGUCGGAUAUAAGAUCCCUCUCACGAUGUUGAUGAAGCGGUCAGUAUUUCCGAAGAUGAACGACCACUCGAUAUCUCCAAAAGAGAACGAACUGCGAGCACUUUCCACAUUCUUCUCGAAGUCCUGCAUUGUAGGAAAAUGGUCCCCGGAUCCUAAAACUAAUUCUGCUUGGAAGAGUCAAUACAGCCAGUUAUGUUCGAUGUGUGAACACCCUGACAAGUGCGAUUAUCCAGACAACUACAGCGGGUACGAGGGAGCUCUCCGAUGUCUGUCCACUAACGGCGGACAAGUCGCCUUCACUAAGGUCAUAUAUGUGCGAAAAUUCUUUGGGCUUCCAGUGGGGAAUAUUCCGGCAGGCAAGGCGGAACAAAACCCUGAUGGAUUUAGUUACCUUUGCGUGGAUGGGACCAAGGUGUCGGUGAAGGAUAAGGCUUGUUCCUGGGCAGCUAGGCCUUGGCAAGGAAUCUUGGGUCAUAGUGACGUCCUCGCGAAGCUGUCGCCCUUAAGGGAGAAGAUAAAGCAGUUGGCUGAAGCUGGCUCAAGCAGCAAACCAGAAUGGUUCACAGGCGUCCUAGGGUUGUCAGAAAAGAUUUACCAUGUUGCGGACAACAUUCCCAUUCGUCCGUUGGAUUACUUGAACAAGGCUAACUACACCGAGGUGAUCGAGAGGGGCCAUGGACCGCCCGAACUGGUCGUCAGGUUAUGCGUGACCUCCAACGUGGCGCUCGCUAAGUGCCGCGCGAUGUCUGUGUUCGCCUUCAGUAGAGAUAUCCGCCCACGCCUUGAUUGUGUGCAAGAAGCUUCGGAAAACGAUUGCCUGAAGAGCGUACAAGACAACGGGGCAGACUUGGCAAGUGUAGAUGAUAUAAGAGUGGCAGCUGCCGCCUACAGAUACAAUCUCCAUCCAGUGUUCCACGAAGUGUAUGGUGAUUCUAAAACACCUAACUACGCUGUGGCUGUCGUCAAGAAGGGCACCUUGUACAACAAGAUCGAAGACUUGAGAGGAAAAAGAUCUUGCCACAACAGUUACGGCUCAUUCAGUGGUUUCAAUGCUCCGCUCUACUACCUCAUCAAUAAACACAUUAUAAACCAUGAUCAAUGUCUCAAAAACUUUGCCGAUUUCUUCUCGGGAUCAUGUUUACCAGGAGUCGACAAGCCGGAGAACAACCCCAGAGGGGAUGACGUCUCAAAACUUAAGAAGCAAUGUUCGGGCGACAACAGCCCAUUGAAGUGUCUCGAGGAAGACCGUGGUGACGUGGCUUUUGUUUCAAGUUCGGACCUAACAAACUACGACGCCUCUAAAUACGAGCUCCUAUGUUUGAACCGUGACGCCGGCGGCCGCGACUCCCUCUCCAACAACGCCACCUGCAACAUCGUCAUGGCGCCCUCACGCACCUGGAUGGCCGCUAAAGACUUCCUAUCGGACGUCUCCAUAGCGCACACCCCUCUCAGUCUAGCCCAACUACUCGACACCAGAACCGACCUAUUCAACAUUUAUGGAGAAUUCCUUAAGAACAACAAUGUCAUUUUCAAUAAUGCUGCUAAAGGCUUAGCGACUACAGACAAGUUGGACUUUGAGAAAUUCAAGCAGGUUCAUGACGUCAUUUCCUCGUGUGGUGUCGCCUAAUUAUAAAAGACUUAUUACUUGCCUCUUUAUUGAGGAUUUUUAUGCCUAAUUUUUACUAACAAAACUAAUGUUGUAAGAAGUUACCAAUAUUUUGUGAGAUAUAAAAAAAAUACUAACACAAAUAAAAGGUCUCAAAAAACAAGUCUGAUUCAAAUAAUUUUAUUACAUCUCUUAAACUGACAAUAAAUAAAUAAUACCCAACAA